AUGUUAUUUUUUAAUAAUUUUAUAUAUUUUGGGCAGGUGUCGUGGCUUCCCUUUGGUGGUGACCCUGCUGCAGUCCUUCAGCGGACUGCUUACAUGGGUUGGAUAGUGUACAGGGACAUUGUUGAGCCGUACAUGUCCGCCAGAUUUGUACGUCAGCUGGGGUAUGUGCAGAGCAUACCGUCGCCUAUUCUUCGGCCGGAAAAGGCCGUUAGGGCGUGGAAUUCAAAGUUGUACAAUGUGGAGAUGGCUCAGAUUGGUGCGGUCGACGGCUGGCAGGGUUUUCCUAUGACUUGCAUGCUUCCUUUGACGUUGCUCGAGCCAGCCACUGUUCUUGCUGGAGCUUGCCAUCCCGCGUACUUGGAGUGGUACGCACGAUUUUCCCACCCGCAGGUCCUUAGCUCUGACGUUACAGCUUCACGAGGCCGUCCUUCUCGCUCCAACAUUGAUUAUUGGGUAAAUCGUUUCAGUUCCCUGAGCCAGAGAAAUCUCACGCGUAUCACUGCGGCUAGUGCGCCGUUUGCCAUUCCGGAGAUAGAUCAUAGCAUAUCUGAGUCGACCACUGACUUGGAGCGACUCAUUGCAGACUGGCGGCUGGCAGAUUGAGAUUAUUGUUUUUAGUACUCUAUUAUAUUAUGGUUUUUUUUCAUUUUGUUUGUU